CAGCAGGUCAGAGAGGAGAUGCAUGACAGCUGCUGCUGCUGUGGUUUGACAGUUUUGGUCGUGUUCACUAACGGAUCGUUAUGAUGCCCUCCCACAAUGGAGGACCAGGAAGUGAGGUCACCGUCGCCGAACAUUAUCCUCCGCUGCGAUAAUGACUUUUUGAGCUCUCACAAAUCUGUGUGGGACUCCUCCUCUGAUGUGGAAGAGGAGGCAGAGGUGCAGAAAGUCCCAGAUGUUCGUAGAGACGACCUGGCAUCCAGACGAGCUCAUCGCGUCCCCGUUGCUCCCAAGGUGCAUCAGUUUGUCCCUCCACCUGUAUGUAGCAACAAAGACAGAGAGCGCUGGGAAGGGAUUAGACGAGCCUCGCAGCAAACACUGCAGGAGAAGGAGCUCAGUGAGAAGGAAGCGGUUCCUGACAUCAUUACACGCAGAGACAACCCCUUCCUAAGCUCCGCCUCUCGCUUCGAGGAAGAGGAGGAUGGGGAGGAAGAGGGAGAAGAGGGAAAGGUUAAGGCGACGCCUAAUAAGCAGAAGGAUGACCUGGCUCGUAGACGGGCUCAGAUUAAGCCCCUCCCUCAUAGGGACGGACCAAUAAGCUUUGUUUCUGCCUCCAUGAGCCAGGCCGAUAUGCAGAAGUGGGAGAGACUCAAGAUGACUGAACCCAGUGAGGCUAGCCCGUCCCCUGUGUGUCAGGCUUGUCUGGAGAAAAAUUAUGGAAGUCCUUUCAGCAGAUCAGCAAAGGCUGGACGAGGUCACAGCAAAGUUGUGACCUUUGGGGGCGUGACUGAGAUCGAGCAGCCAGUAGACACAGUCACUUCAAGUGAAGGGGAGGAGACAGAGUUGCUAAGACGACUCCUUUCCAAGGCAACUGUAGCCAUGCCUACCAUUGGCCUGGGCUCCCAGCUUUCAGAGCGGGAACGCAGCCAGGUAAAUGGACCUGACCUCAAUCAAUCCACCGCUCCGUCCGCUGACCUACCACCCUGCACCCCUGAAACCCCUCUAACUCCUGCAGAGCUGGAUGCCUGUCUGGCUCAGUAUGAACGGAGAGCAGAGGAGGAGGAUGAGGAGGAAGUGGAGAGGAUCCCAGAUCUCCAGAAAGAUGACAUGAUGGCGAGGAGGACAGGAGUUUUCCAUAAACAAAGCACCUCUACAGUGACUUACAACAGUUUCCUGCCUCUGCCCAGCACCAAGCGCUACACACAAGAGGAGGUCACAACUGAUGCUGCUCCGCGGAACAAAAGGAAAGUGCAGGCAGACAGGAGCAAGAAACUGAACGUCAGGUGGGCUGAGAUUUGUGUGUCUAACAGUAUGAGAAGGCACUAACAAGCUUGGUGUGGUUUGCGUCCUCAAAGAGGUUCUCCAGCUUGAUGUUUAGUUAUUUCAACUGUAGGAGUUUCUCUCAUAGAGUGGAGCAACA